CUUUCUCUUCCUAUUAGAUUUCUUUGGCGCCCUUUUCCCUGAUAUCCGAGUUCGGUCACGUUGAACCAACCAUCGGGUUUUAUUGUCUCGGCGCUCCGCUAACGCGACGUCAAUACUUGCUGUAGCGGGAAUGGGGGGCUUUUACGAGGGGGAGGACCCGAUGGACGGAGUACUACAUCCGUCUAUGAUGCGACAUCCAGGAUACAUACCUAGGCGGUUUGAUGAGUUUUAUAGAUGCUACCCCGUGGCCAUGCUUCCCGGACCAGAACGAGAAAAUGUUAACCAUGGCGGAAAAGUCAUCAUGCCGCCAAGUGCGCUGGACAAGCUCACACGGCUUCACAUUACAUAUCCCAUGCUUUUUGAGCUUCACAAUCGAGUGAAAGACCGGACUACGCACGCUGGAGUUCUGGAGUUUAUUGCUGAGGAGGGAAAGAUAUAUCUGCCAUUCUGGAUUAUGCAAACCCUUCUUCUUGAACCUGGAGAUCUCUUGCAAAUUAAAUCAACAGAUCUUCCGCCAGGUCAGUACAUCAAACUGCAAGCGCAGUCAACGUCGUUCCUCGAUAUUAGCGACCCCAAGGCUGUCCUAGAGAAUGCCUUCCGCAACUUCUCUUGCCUUUCUAAAGAUGACAUUUUUACCUUCUCAUAUAAUGACCACACCUACGAAAUGGCGGUGCUCGAGACAAAACCACAGCACUCCAAAAAUGCUAUCUCGGUUUUGGAAACAGACCUCGAAGUAGACUUUGCUACCCCUGUGGGAUACGAAGAACCAAAACGAAUCAACGAACCGAGCAAGCCGCAGAGUGCAAUUGGCGGAAGUCUUCCGGCUGGUGGCAUGCUUCAUUCUCACGGCACAAUGGCACAGUCAAUAAAUUACUCCGCCAUUGCGCCUGAGUUAAUGGACGCGACAAAGGGAGCCAAGGCUAUAUCUUCUAACUUCCUUAUCGGUGGGCAACGGCUGAAUACUAAGAAGGGAAGCAAAGGAUCAACUCCAACAGCGUCCACUCCAGUGUCUGGCGCAUCUUCUAAUGCUUCACAACUUCCUCUGCCCAAUCCCGGGAUGAAUGGGCCUCAACCACUCCGUUUACAGCCUGGUAAGCUGUUUUUUGGCUAUGCGCUUAAACCAGUGAAGAAGCGAGAUGCGAAAGAGAAAGUGGAGGAUGGGCAGCCAAAAUUCAAUGGGGUUGGCCAAACAUUGCGUGGAGUCGCCAAAAGAAAAGGGGCAAGUACUGGAGACCCAUCAACUCCCGUGUCUACCAGCGAUAAUGAGAGCAAAAGUGAUCCGAAAGCACGGAGCCCGGGUCGAACGCUCGGGCAUAGAUCCAAUCGCCCAAUGUAGUUGGACUUUGCUUGUUUCGUUUUAGCAUAGCUAGGACAACAACGUGA